UCUCCGCCGGCACGCCGCGGCCGAGCGUCGCCGCAGCCUAUUUCAAACGCGGCGAACCGUUGCGCGGGUGGACUGGAUGCCGGCGCCGGCGACGACAGUGCGCCGGCGCACAUCUCUAUGGAGGUGGACACGGCGACCCGUGGGCGACCGCCGCUGCCGCGGUUUGCUACAGGUGGCGAUGGCCACUAAUCUGUCACGAACUUCUGACAGUGAACGCCAGUCGGUUCUCGGAUGUGAGGACGCGCCCGUCGAAUCAAGUGACGGAGAUGCACCGUGUGACAGUGUGCGUUUUCCGGGCGAGUUCGUUGCGCUGUGUGCCGGUCGUGCGCGGGACUGGUACCACCCGUCGUUCCACCAGUUCUCAGUGCUCCAGCGCGCCGUGCGCGAUGUCAGUGCCGCCGCCGAGGAGACUGUGCGCCGCGAGCUGCCGCCCGAGGACCGGCCGGCGCAGACCCGGCUGUAGCCGCUGGCUGACGGCGCGCUGUCGCUGCGUCCGCCGACCCUGCGCCGGCCGCGCCGGGAGGACCCAGCUGCAGCAGCUGGUGGUGGCCCUGGACGGCGCCUGCCCCCUGGUGGCGGGUGGCAGCUGCGGGAGCCACGUGACGCCGUCUGCGCUCUCGGCAGCGCGCCACCUGGAGCCGCAUGCAGACCGCGUUGCCAGAGCUGCGUCGUCUGACGUCGGGUCUGCUGCGACUGGUGACGCGCCAGAGGACGCGCUGGUCACCGCCGCGAGCCCGGAUCGAGACGGACACGGAGCCAGUUCCGAACGGAGCCUCCCUCACCAGGUCUCUGAAUGGAGCUGCGUUCCGGUGGGCGGCUGGCUGCGCUCUCUCGGUCUGGCCCAGUACGCCGACGCGUUCGUCGCCCGCUCUGUGGAUGGCGCCCGGCUUCUGGGGCUCACCGAACAGGCUAUGGAAGACGAGCCCGACGUCGGUCUCGACGUGGCGACCUCGGAGCCAGCGUGUUGGGUCUCGGCUUCCCGCCACUCACCGGCGGACCUUUUCGCUUCGUGGACCGCAUCGGUCCCGCACAGCUAGUCAAGGACAUGGAGCGCUUCGCCGUCGUCAAUGGCGUCGGCUUCGAGCCGUGCCUGACCGUGCACUACCAGGCCGCUAGCGGCACCAAGUUCUGUUCGGCCGGGCCUCGUGUAAUGCCCACAUGUGAUGACCGAGUGUAUACGCAUGUGAAGCCGCUCCGCGUGUGUACCAGCGCUGGGCGUGUUCAGUUUCAAAGUAAAUAUAGAACCCUGGUGAUCAA